GAGGCAGCUGAGCCAAUCACGUUGCACGUUGUUGAGAGGUCCUGAAGUUUCUCCGAGGCUCUUACCCUCUCGCCAACAUGUCUUCAUCGGAGGCUAAUAAUGGCCCGAGCCAAGCGCCACCUUAUCCAGGCGUACCGCCCUCAGGGAUACCUCCCCCAUUUAUGGGACCACCAGGCAUACCACCUCAUUACCCUCCUAUGGGAAUGCCCCCAAUGGGACAGCGACCUCCGAGCAUGACUCCUAUGCCUCCUGGUAUAAUUCCCCCUGGAAUGAUGCCACCAAUGGGGGCACCUCCAAUGGGACAGAUGCCAGGCAUGAUGCCACCUAUGAUGCCAGGGAUGAUGAUGCCCCCUCGCAUACCAGCUGCGGCUGUACAGCCAACAGGACCGCCUGGUGUUGACUCCACAGCUGCUGCACCCGGAACAGCUAGUACCACAAAUGGCUCUCCACCGGAAGAACAGCCAAAGAAGAAGUCUCUUUGGACUGAACACAAAUCACUGGAUGGGAAGACUUACUAUUACAAUACAGAGACCAAGCAGUCCACAUGGGAGAAACCAGAUGAUCUGAAAUCUACUGUAGAGCAAAUGCUGUCUAAAUGUCCCUGGAAGGAGUACAAGUCGGACACAGGGAAGCCUUAUUAUUACAACUCACAGACAAAGGAGUCCAGAUGGACCAAACCCAAAGAACUGGAAGAUCUGGAAGCUAUGAUCAAAGCAGAGGAAAAUGGAACGGCGGAGGCAGCAGCCCCUAGCAUCACCAUAGCCCCUGCAGUGCAAGCAGACAUUACAGCCCCUGUGGCAAUUGUAACAGAGGCAGAAACUGCAAAAGCAGUCACAGAGGAACACCUCACCCAGGCGGUCAUGCAUCUCACAGCUGAGGUCAAGACAGUGGACGUGCCAGUUGCUUCCUCAGAGAGCCCGGCUGCCACAGAGGUGGUGAAAGCCAGUGUCGAAGUCAUAAAGGAAGAACGGCCGGAGCUUCAGAAGAAAACGUACAAAUGGAACACAAAGGAGGAAGCCAAGCAGGCCUUCAAAGAGCUGCUGAAGGAGAAGGGUGUGUCCUCAAACUCCUCUUGGGAACAGGCGAUGAAAAUGAUUAUCAACGAUCCUCGCUACAGCGCUCUUCCUAAGCUGAGUGAGAAGAAACAGGCGUUCAAUGCUUACAAAGUCCAGACGGAGAAGGAAGAGAAGGAGGAGGCCAGAAUUAAAUACAAAGAGUCCAAAGAGACCUUUCAGAGGUUUUUGGAGAAUCACGACAAGAUGACGUCCACCACCAGAUACAAGAAAGCAGAACAGAUGUUUAGCGAGCUCGAGGUUUGGAGCUGCGUUCCAGAGAGAGACAGACUGGAGAUCUAUGAAGACGUGCUCUUCUAUCUCGCCAAGAAAGAGAAGGAACAAGCCAAGCAGCUGAGAAAGAGGAACUGGGAAGCUCUAAAGAACAUCCUGGACAACAUGGCCAACGUCACCUACCGCACCACCUGGUCUGAGGCCCAGCAGUACCUGCUAGACAACCCCACCUUUGCUGAAGACGAGGAGCUGCAGAAUAUGGACAAGGAAGAUGCCCUCAUUUGUUUUGAGGAGCACAUCCGAGCGCUGGAGAAAGAGGAGGAAGAAGAGAAACAGAAGACUCUUCUCAGAGAGAGAAGACGACAACGCAAGAACAGAGAGUCGUUCCAGAAAUUUCUCGAUGAGCUCCAUGACCACGGUCAGCUUCACUCCAUGUCUGCCUGGAUGGAGAUGUACCCAACCCUGAGCUCAGACAUCCGCUUCGUCAACAUGCUGGGUCAGCCGGGUUCCACUCCACUGGAUCUGUUCAAAUUCUACGUGGAAGACCUGAAGGCUCGCUACCACGAUGAAAAGAGGAUCAUCAAAGAUAUUCUGAAGGACAAAGGCUUCUUGGUCGAAGUGAACACCAGCUUCGAUGACUUUGGAUCGGUCAUCAGCUCGGACAAGAGAGCCACCACGCUGGACGCAGGAAACAUAAAGCUGGCCUUCAACAGUUUACUGGAAAAGGCUGAAGCCAGAGAGAGGGAGCGCGAAAAGGAGGAAGCCCGCAAGAUGAAGAGGAAAGAGGCAGCCUUCAAGAAUAUGCUGAAACAGGCCACGCCGCCACUGGAGCCCGAGGCUUCAUGGGAGGGAGUAAGAGAGCGGUUCCUGAAAGAGUCUGCCUUUGAAGACGUGACUCUGGAGUCGGAGAGGAAAAGGAUAUUUAAGGACUUCAUGCACGUCUUGGAGCAUGAGUGCCAACAUCAUCACUCCAAGACAAAGAAGCACUCAAAGAAGUCCAAGAAGCACCACAGGAAGCGCUCCCGCUCUCGAUCGGGUUCAGAGUCAGAGGACGAGGAGUACCACAAGAAGAAGAAGAGGUCACAGUCCAAGUCCCCCUCUGAACGCUCCUCUAGUGGAGAAUCUGAGAGAAGCUAUAAGAAAUCCAAGAAGCACAAGAAGAAGGCCAAGAAGAGGCGCCACAAGUCUGCAUCACCAGAUUCCGACACGGAGAAGAAAGGAAGAGAGCGCGAAGGAAAACGGGACAAGGACUUAGAGAAAGAUAAAGAGAACGACAAGUCUCGGGGGAAGUCUCGCUCCGACUCUAAACAGAAGUCUCCUAAAAGAAAAGCAGCCAAAGAGGAGGGUGGCUGGGAUACGUCCGGCAGUGAGCUGAGCGAAGGGGAGCUGGAGAAAAGGAGGAGAACUUUACUGGAACAGCUGGAUGCACCUUGAUGAUCAUGUUCCUGCUGAUCUUUAGUUGUGUUUGUACAUUUCUCCAAACAUUCAUUCCCUUCAGGCUCAUGUGGCCGCUCUGGUCACUCCUUUAUGGACUAACUGUGAGAUAUAACACCACCUUCUACUGGUAUUCACUGAGGAAAGGGCGACACUGAACCCGCUCACUUAUUUGAUAAAGAAUUUGAUAUCCAGUGUAGCUGACGAUCGGCCGUUUAAUGUCAGGCUGUCCUUUUGUUGCUCGUCAUCUUUAAGGAACUUUUAGUUGACUGUAGUUGUACAUGUUUUCCAUUGCCUUCAUUUUUAUAUUCAAUUAAAAGCAUAUCUUAAUGUCCACCUGACUGCAGUCUUAAAUGCAACAAGUCCAGAAAUAAGUCCAAAUCAACUCGUCUGUAUCCUUGAGGAGUGAUCGAAAAUUGAUGUAGUAAAAUGGAAUAAAAUGCCUUUUCAUUGGA